AUGGACCUCACCCUUUUACAAGGAAGCAGGGACUAUUCUUCUGAGCCUAGCCAUUCAAGUAAUGAUAUUGAGAGUGAUGAACUUUUAGAAUCGGAACAAAGUACCAGCAAUGAUUCAGAUGCUGAGUUUGUUCUGGAAAAGUGUAACAACGAUUUUAAUAAGAGCUCUAAAUGUAGUAAAAAGAGGCUAAUGAGUCCAGGUAAAACAAUAGUGCGAUCUGUACUUGAAUUUAAGAACUACGAGAAAGCUAAAGAGGCAAAAUUAGAUGUGAAGUAUAACGUAGUAGCAAAAUCUACUGGAAGUCUGAUUGGAGAGAAGGAAAUCGCGGAAUCGUCUUUAGAAAAUGUGGAGAAACACAAUCUAAGCGUGGGCCUGCCGCAGGAGACAUACCAUGUACCCCUUUUUGGUCUCCAAUAUGAUAAUAAAUAG